AUGCCCAUCACGGUCUCCAUCAUCGCAGACAAGGCCGACUUGGUUGAAAUCUCGCCCAUGGUCCUCGACGCAUGGCAACAGCCCUACAACCCACAGCUUAAGCACUUCCGCCCCACAUUUCCCACCCAUGCCGAAGCUAUUGCAUAUGGCACGGAGCGCUCCGUCAAGAGGCUCCAGGAGAAUGACCCAAAGCUGUUCAUGUUGAAAGCAGUCGACAGUGACAGUAAUGAAAUCGUCGGGUUUGCGCAAUGGUACGUGAACGACAAGCCAGAUCCGUAUGGCGAGCGCACAGUAGCUACGUGGCAUCCCGAAGGCUCGGAUGAACGCGAAUUCGCAGAGCGGUUUAUCAACGGAUUGUGGGACUUCAUUGGAAAGAGAGUGACGGGACCGCAUAUGGACCUACAUUCGAUCACUGUACAUACCGGACAUCGGUAUCGCGGCAUAGGGCGGCUAUUGAUCCGCUGGGGGCUCGACAAGGCUGAUGAGCUGGGUAUUGAAACGGUGGUCAGUUCGCUGGUAUCUGCUCGCGGUGCUUACGAGAAGUGUGGGUUGGGCUGCAUUGAGAUGAUUCCUCCGAGUCCGUCACUGAACGUUCCGUAUCCGAGUGAGAAGUGGAAAGAGUUAGAGUCUGAUCAUCUGAGUGGGUGGUUAAUGUGGCGGCCUGCUGGUCACGACUACGUUGCGGGUGUAGACAAAGCGCCGUGGGUUUUAUGA